AAUUGAAUACAAUAUUUACACACAUGAUCGAUUCAAAAGAAUGGCCUUAGCUUCUCGAUAUAGCUCUGCACUAGCAGGUCUUCAGCACCCACAAGAGAGUAAAUGGGAGGAAAGAUUUAUUCGUAGGGAGAGCUUAAAUUGCAUCGACCUACGAGUUGCAUCCACCAGGCUUAAGAUAACGAACCCACAAAUUAUUUUUUCCAACAAAAUUGUUAGAAUCCAUGGAAGCAGAGGAUACUCUGUUUUAUCAGCAAUUUCUCAAGGUGAGGAAGAAACUGAUGUACAGAUAGAAGGUGGGGUCGAGGAAGUAGAAGACGAGGAGUACAUUCGCCAAAUCUUGAGAGUUGUGGAGCUUCUCAAGGAGAAGAGAGACAUGACUUUCAAUGAGAUCAGACUAACUAUUAUGAUUGAGGAUCCAAGGGAGGCUGAGCAGAAGAGACAGUUAGGAAUAGAGGAUGGUCGAGGCUGUACCAGAGAGGACAUGGCAACAACACUCAUGGAUGUUUGUGAAGGAAGAAUUCCAAAGGACCGUGUUGUUCUACGAGAGCUUGCAAAAGAGAUGUUAAAUUGGCCAGACCUUGAGGCUGAAGUGGACAAGAAGACGAAUCCGAUGGCAUCACCUUAUGCCCGAGUCACAGACAUCGGUGUUGAUCCAGCACUUGCAGCUCAGAGGGCUAAGGUUGAUUGGGAUGCAGCAACUGAAAUUAUUCCAGAAGAUGAGAAAGAUGUGGCACAAUCUGUGCCACCUGCCGUGGGAUUUAGUAUACUAUACUUGAUCAGCGCUAUUCCAGUGAUCAUUGGAGUAUCUGUCGUUUUGAUUCUCUUCUUGAACUCACUUCAAUAAAAGGUUCUUAUUGUUGGGUUUCACCACAAUUACUUCUCAUUCUUAUAAAAUCUUUGUUAGGGUCUCAAUCACCUUUAUCUCCUAUGCAAGGCAUCAUAUCUCUGUGCAUGAUUUCUUCUAGCCUAAGAAAAUUAGUGAAAAGGUCAGAAGGAAAAUUGUAACGAAUGCACCUGUAUGGUGAGAACUGGACAUUACGAAUAUAUUAAAUGUACCUGUAUAUUCUGAAAAUCUAUCUGCUGACUGAUGUAAUGUAAUAUAUUGUCUCAAUUUGAGUAACCUUAAAUGCUAGCUCUUUGCUUUUA